GCAACAUGGCAGCUUCGUGGAUAAACUCUUGUCGUCUGGCUCUGUCACGUGCAAAUAGUAUUGUGAGAUUAAAAAGAGGAAUAUCUUCAAGAAACUUCAUCUCCAGCUCACUAUGCACAUACUCUAGGAGACAAAACAUGAAAUCAGUCUUGUCGAAUUGUGCAUGCACUAAAAAAUCGUAUGAAGGACAACCAAGCACGAUGAUCAUCGUCACAGAGCGAUUGUAUUGCUCUUCUACGAAACGCUGUUGGAACUGCAACGCAGAACUCUCCCGGUCUGCGACGUCCAGUGGAGGACCUCGCGUCGCUGAUUUGUUCUGUGCCUCGUGCAAUAUGAUCCAGCCGCUGGAGGACGGAUUGAACCACUUUCAGAUAAUGGGAAUGGAGGAGAAGUUUGAUGUUGAAGUUCAAGACCUGACCAACUGCUUUAGAAACCUUCAGAGAUUGCUCCACCCAGACAAAUUCAGCAAUAAAUCAGAGACAGAACAGAACUACUCAGCUGCCCAGUCAUCGGCUGUGAAUCGAGCUUACAAGGUGCUUCUCAAACCACUUUCUAGAGGCCUCUACUUGCUUGAGCUCAGAGGGUUUUCAAUAGAAGAAGGAGAAAGUAAUAUAGAACCGUUAUUCCUCAUGGAGGUGAUGGAAAUCAAUGAAGAGCUAGCUGAUACUGAUGAUCUUGAAACUGUCAGACGAAUAGGAAAAGAAAAUGCAGUGAGUUUGAACGACCAUCUAGAUAAACUCAGAGUGGCUUUUGAUGAAGCUAAUUAUCCUCAGGCACGGGAGCUGCUGAUGAGGCUUAAGUACUAUGCCAACAUCGAUGAUAAAGUGAAGGAGAAACUCGGUACCAACUGAGAUGCUGUAGCAGUUGAGAAACCCCAUCACUGAUGCUGUAUCCAAAUAUGCGGCCAAAGAGAAGCCCUCUACCAGGACAUCCCUACUUGAGUAGCAGCUGUAGAGGAAACUUCAUCAGCAGCAUCCAGUCUUUUGCCAUCAAGUAAAAUCAAACCUUUAAGGUUUCUUGGUUUUUUUUCAUAGCUUUGAUAUCUUUUUGUUCCUUAACUUGUCAGUCAUGUUUAAGGUUCAACUCACCUUUCUGCAUGAUUCUCUGAAUGUAAACCUUACACAGGUCUAACUCUGAUUUGGGCUUGGUAAAAUCAAAGGUUUGCAUCCAAUUACUAACUGAGGAGGGCCAGUGGAGAUCAUUGUUUCUUGUGCAAUUUGUUCAAAACACUGACCAGGAACAGUUAUAUAUUUUUCUAAAUGUAUUUGCGGUCCAUCUUAUUCCUUUGAGUCACCAAGACUUGGUUUAAGUUGGUUAAGGGGUUGACUUAUUGAUACCGGUACCGAACAUUUAACACACCCACCUGUUUAAAAAUGAAACCCAUUUGUGGUAACAAUCACAAUGAAUUCUUACAGAACCCAGUCAAAUGGCCAUUCAAGUGUUUGCAUGUACAAGUAUGUGCCAGACAGUACAGAUAGAUAACUGCUCAGUAACAAGCAAAAUAAUUAUGGCAUUCUAUCCAGAGAUUUUUUUCUUGAAGUUAUGAAUAUCACAUGUUCCCACAUUUGGCUUAUUUGUGUUGGUAGUUUUUCUGCAUAGUCCAUUUUGUGUGAACCCUUUAGGAAUUAACUAUCUGAGAUAACCCAGUGUGAUACUGAACUUGCCAAGACCACCCAUUCAUAUCAAUGCAAUAAUAGUUACAAUUCUAUGGCCUACCUUGGUAAAUAUAUGUGAGUCAUCUUCAUGUCUACUAGGAGUUUCUGCCAAAAGACUACUACUAAUUAUGAAAUUUUUAUAGUCUUAUGCAUACAUGUAUGUGUGUAAAUAUUUACAAGGAAUACAUUUCAAAAUGAAAUUUGAUCUGACAAAUUCUGACUAGCUAUAAAGUAAGUUAGCUUAGACUCGUGUACUAUAAUAUAAUCUAUACCUCCAUUAUUAUAAACUAUAUAUAUAACCUAAUAUCAUCCUCCUUCUUUGUGUGUUCCUUAUGGCCUUGAUGUUAUUGGCUGAUUUUAUUUUGGGCUCCAGCGUUGCCACCUUUACUGCGUCCUUUCUUGUCCUUGGAUUCAUUAGGAUGAUAAAACAGUAAUUCAAAUUAAAAAAAUUUCCUUCUAUCUUAAGACACCCAAGUCUGUUGUUCAUCUACCUGCAAGGACUAGCCAAUACCAGUGCAUUGACUCAGACAUCUUGACUUCAUAACUCCAUUAUUCCAUGGAAUAAUGCGAAAAUCUGCCCUCUUUGUAGAUUUGCUUCUUUGCAAGAAGCAGCUCUGCUUGAUUUAAGUGAACAAGAUUCAUGUGUCUUUAUCUGUAGCUUCUUAUUCUGCCAAUAUUAGCGACAAGUUUCCCUCCUCUUGCAUUGAAGAGAGUGAGACAGCAGACUACCAGAUCCCUCAGUUCUGUUUACCAAGAACAGUUCAAACUCAUCCUUGUCCAAGAUACUUGACACUGUAGUUCUUCAUAUUUCCUUACCAAGAAGAUUUUCAGGCUUCCUGAGCUUUUCCCUUCUACUUUUGUUAAUUGGAUACUGGGCAUAUCCUAACAGAUAGUCAUGAUUGACUUGAUAUAAUAUCUCCACAAACUUAUCUAUUGCACUGGACUUGCCUUCCUCAUCUGACAUCAAGCAUGACGCUUUGAGUAUCUUGCAGGAUUUCUUUACAAGAUAAUGCAAGCCUGUCUUCAACCCAUACUUCAGUUUCUCUCCCUCAUGGCUGCUGUUGCACAUAGCUUCAAAAUCUGUCCAAGUUGGUCUCUAGAACAUAUCUACUGAUGAGUGUUGUGAGUGUUUGAUUGAGCGAGAUUCGCUGUCAGUUUCCUUACAUGCAAUGUAUAGCCUUCUCACAGAAGACAUGACAUACGUCUUAACUUCAUUUUUUUUUUGGGGGGGCACAUUUGAGCUUUUAUUUUUAAUUAAACAAGGUGACAGUAACCCAGCAAAGAAGUACAUAAUGUUUCAAACCACACACCUCUCUUUUCUUCACCAGAAACUGCAUCGCAUCCUCCCACUCAGGCUUUAUUAGCAAUGUUACCUUCUGGUUUUGUUUUCCACUAAUAUCCAGAACAUCGAAUCUGCAAAAAUGCAAUACCAAAAUACAAAUUUCAGUGUAUCAGUUUUUUGACAUGGAGAAUGCAUCGAAGAGUAAGGGAACUUCAGCAAAUUUCUCUACUUGAUCAGCUUUUUUGUCUUCAUCCUGAAUUCAGAAAGUACCUUGCAAUAUUUUACAUGCACUCUUUAUCAAGAAGUAAAGAGCACUUUUGAGUACAUAUUUCAACUCAAGGGACUCUUGUGUCCUUAUUUCUCACAGUAAGAUUCAAUAGCUGAUGCAAGGUGAUUAAAGUUACAUUGCGUGAAUAUGUCUGCACUAUUGCCUUCUGAUGCAUCAUAAGGCACCAAUUCAUUGCUGCUCUUCUGAAAAUGAAUAUUCCUGCCGUGAUGCCUUCAGUUACCUAACUUUCACAUUUAGUCCCUUUAGAUUUUAGAAGAUUUGUUUAGGAGAAAUUGUUGAAAUGUACAAUUUUCAAUUUAUUUCUUUAAAUUUUUUUAGAUUAUACUGGUAUUAAACUGAAUGUUGGGGCAGAUGGACCUAUCGUCAGAGAUGUAGAUGUAAUUGUCUCUAUGUUCUUCCUGGAGAUCAUAUUUGAACAGGUUCAGUGGGGAGCUUGAUGAGUGACCAUGCUCAAAUGGACUUCUUAGCUUCUCCAUGGAUUCAGAUUCUGAUACAUUAUUCCUUCUCAAUGCAUCAGCACAAGACAGGGGACGGUUGUGUGUGUAGUUUAAUGUCACAGUGAACAGGAGUCCUUUCCUUUAGGUGGGAAUCUUUCUAAAGACCACAAUCUUAUGUGACAAGGGUGUGCUGAAGAAGCUGUGGAGUUUGAAUGUAUGUGCUGGGGAUGUAGGCUAUCUUUCUGGACUUUGGUUGAGUUGAAAUCAAAGAUUCUUAUUGUGAUAAACAAACUGGCUCUAGUAACACUGCACUUCCAUUCCUCAAAAGGUUAGGUCUCUGGAUCCUCAGAAUCAAUGUCCAGAUAGGAAUUAAAGUUAUCAACUUUUAGUUUUACAAGGUAUUCAUCUGUUUCCAGUUUUAAAACUUGUACACGAUCUUUACCCAUUAAUUCUGAAAUAUUUCAAGAGAAGAAGAAUCACUGCAUGCCACCAAUUUUGUGUUCUGCUGGUAGGUUACACAUAUUCAGCACAGCCCUGUUCAUUUGCCAUUUCAAGUCUGAAAUUAUAGGCAUGCAUACUCGUGUUUUGAGUGAAAUUACAAAAACACAUCAUUGCACAUAAAAGCAUUUUUCCACUCUGAAAUUAACCGAAUACUAUAGGCCUACUGGUUUGCAAACACAAAACAUUGAUAAAAGUAAUUAAGUGUAGAUGUAAUUGCAUGCAAUUUGACAUGCAAGAUGCAUGUACUUGUAAUAAAUUUUCUUUAACAUCAUUCUACAGUUCUGUAGAAUGUGUUCUGUAAAGUGGAAGUACCGAGACACUUUUAUAAUUCUCUCAUCCUACAGUUUGUGAUAUUUCCCUUUCCAUGAUUUACUAAACGUCCUGAUGUGGGUUUGGUUUUGGGCGGCUCUCUUGUUGCAUCAAUAGUGGAAGAUUAAAGAAGCAAAGUACCAUCGUGAAUAUUGUUUUAUAAAGUGAAACAAUACUUAGUAAUUAUAUAAUUUAACUUUUUGUUGUUUAAACAUGUAUAGAAAUCAUGGCAGUACGUUUAGCAAAUUUGAAAACUGUUACCCCGGUUGAAAUUGUGUUAAAAAUGUGUUACUUAUGUAUGGAAGGACAUUUUGUUUAAUUUGUUUCUCUCCAUAAUUAGGAAGAAACCUGUAGUAUGGACAUGUUACGUGAAAAUGUAACGUGAGACCCUCCUACUAAAAGGUAAAUGCUGCCACCACAUACUUUUCUAGGGGUAUGAGCCCUUGGCUGUUCCGGGGAAAUCCAGACAACCUAUAUAGAAAUCUAACAUGACGUAACAAUAGCUGGGACUCAUACUGGGUAGACAGGGGGAGGGGGGAUGAGGACUGGGAAGGGCAUGACUCAUGCUCAAUCUCCUCAAUCAGUCACACGUGCACGACACUACACACAUAAGCUCUGCACUCCACAAUCAAGCAUACACGACCAGAGACCCAAGCUCAGCUGACUGACCAAACAUUCAACUCGUUCUCCACUCUUGUUACCAAGACCAGCAUCACGACAAUCAAGAAAUUAUCUGGUAAGUCAACUAUAAUAGUCAACUGAUCAUCCCUACUAAUUAGCUAAACUAUUCUCGACUGGUCAAGCUCAACAAUCAAUCAAUCUACUUCACUCACUUCUAACAUUCACAUUGUUCAGUAUGCAUACGACAUUGCAGUACACACAACCAAAUUACAAAGAGUUGACACAUGUUAUGAUGUGCACAUUAAUUAGCCAUUGCACAUGCACAGAGGUCGCUCGUUGUAACUUUGGUCAAUACAACAACAGCACUUCAAUCACUCAACAAUCUCGAGCACACAACAAACACAUCAAACAACUAUCCAAGAACAUUUCCAAUUGCAAACCACAGAUGCCCAGCAUACAUCAUGUUCAUCUAGACUUCUCUCUAACGACAUUCUGUCUCACGGAUAGCAUGGUAAUUAAGUCGAGGGUCGAUGACGGGGACGUUUGUUCGAAAUAUACGAACACUCUAUCUAUAAAUUACUAAGACUUAAGACUAAUAAAAUUCCAUGAUUCACAUCAACGAUCACUGGUCACUACUCGAUCUAAUCAGACAUUCGUGCAACUAAACCAGGUCUAAGUAAUUUCUCAUUUGGAAACUAUAAAUUCGAGUUAUACCCGAUCUAAAACAUUUAUUAAUAACAAAUAACUUUAACAAUUCAAACUCUUGUAAAUUCAUGGAAAGUAAAAGUGGCAUUUUAGCAAACGUUUAUGUACAGUAUUGACAUAUUUACAUGCUUAAAACUAAUUCCUAGGUUACAUGGCUGACGUCUUAAUUCAACAAUUAAAUCUUCACUGUCCUAGGUUACAUGGCUGACGUCUGAACAUAAAUAAAUAUUCACCGAACAUUUAAUAAACCCUAACUGUAAAUAAAUGAGACGUUUCUUCUCACUUCGUCACUCUUUGAAUAAAUUAUCUUAAAUUCUACAAAAUUUUGAGUUUGAUUUUAUGUUUGUAGUACAAGUGUGAACUUUAUAAAUAUUUCUAUCUAAUUUCAUCAUUUCCAUAACCUUGCUGCGAGGCCUAUUCUAUAUUCUCUACGGUCUUCCGAACAACAUUCCUAGUUGGUAUAAAGGUGUCUUUGUUUCUACACCAUCACUUUGCUUAACAUAUCUAAUGCCUGCAUCUAGAUAUCAAAUCCUUUUCUCCUAAUUAUAAAAUCAUCCUAAACUUUCCUGUUUCCAACCCAUCGCGCCACUUCAAUGGCCAUUCCAAGGUCUCUCCACCCCAGCCUAUUUCCUGCCACUACAUCUCCUAGUAAUAUCUGGCCUCAAGAUUUUAUCUCCCAAAUAUUAGACUAACAAAGUCCUUUUUAUACCAACAACUUUCUAUGUUCAACCUGGUCCAUAACAAAACAAAACUUAACAUUCCAACCAUUCUAACUCGUUGCAUUACAAUCAAGUAAUGUUCUGAUUAAAUAUUUAAAAAUAAUCUUAUAAGAAUUAAUACACUACCAAAAUACAAAUUAUUAAUAAUUGUAUGUGUGCAUAAAUAACUUGGAAGAAUGAGAGAGAAGGGGGGGGGGGGGGUAAGAGUCAAAACGUCAAGAGGGGUUCCAUGCUGUCGAAGAAUUGAAGAAACAUUGAAGCAAACAUGGUGAAGACUGCUUAAAUUCGUUCCCUAUCCAGGAUUGAAUGUAAGAAAGCACUGAAGAAAACAUGGUGAAGACUGCUUAAAUUCGUUCCCUAUCCGGGAUUGAAUGUAAGAAAGCACUGAAGAAAACAUGGUGAAGACUGCUUAAAUUCGUUCCCUAUCCAGGAUUGAAUGUAAGAAAGCACUGAAGAAAACAUGGUGAAGACUGCUUAAAUUCGUUCCCUAUCCGGGAUUGAAUGUAAGAAAGCACUGAAGAAAACAUGGUGAAGACUGCUUAAAUUCGUUCCCUAUCCGGGAUUAAAUGUAAGAAAGCAGCUA